CUUUGUGAGAGUAAGCACCAUUUUACGGCACCGGACGAAUCUCCACGGAUGUUCCACAUGUCUUAAAAUGAUGAGGAACUUGAGAGUGUGACAGCCUACUUACUACAUGAUAUAUCAAUAUCGCUUCGCACUUAAUCGAAAUAAGCUAUGGGCAAAAGUAAGACUAACAAAUUUAGACGUCCACAGUUCAACGCAGAGGGAUUGUCGGUAACUGCUGUAAAGGAAAUGGAAUCGGACCACGGUGAAGUCUUCCAUGGAGUCGACUCUCCAACUGGGGAGUUACUGGAGAAAUUGCAGAGUCCCAGUGCAGACAUGCGUGAGUUUGCCUGUGCCAGCAUAUCACGCCUCGUGCAACAGAGCCAGACCAUCCCAGGCUUCCUCCAGCGGGAUGCGGUGAGACGUCUCGGGCCCCUAAUGCUGGAUCGCAGCCUGGCCGUCAGGGAGACUGCCACAGGGGCACUCAGGAACCUGAGUGCCUGUGGGGGUCAUGAGGUGUGUGACGACAUGGUGAAACAGGACGUCAUGACUCCUCUGACUGCUCUGCUUCGAGAGUGCUGUGCUGGGUUUGAAACCAAUGCUGCCCUCUCGUUAAAAGGGCAGAAAAACACAGUGGAAGAUGUAGCCAAUGAAGCAGUUAACUUGCUGUGGAAUCUCUGUGAGAGCAGUAGCCAGGCACUCUCUGUGUUCAACAAAGCAGGCAUUCUGGAUGUUAUCCUACAGUGUCUGGAGCGACACACUCACAACAUCAAGCUGGCUUUGUCUGCAGGCCACUGUUUGCACACAGUGACUGAGGACAACGCAGAGUUGCUGUGUAGUAUGAACAAUGCUGUAUUAGGGACUCUAGAGAGUGUGCUGCUAUCCUCACAGGCGGACAUGGCUCACACACUGCUCAGGACACUGGCUGCAGGGUCAGUGUGGAACCUGAAGAGCAGCCUGCCCACGGCCCACCAGGCUCAGACCCUCACCGCCCUGAUGGCCACCCUGUCCCAGUGCUUGGAGCUGGAUGCUGGCACGCUGAUACCCCAGCUCCGCCAGGCUGAGGUGGCCCGCAGUGCCACUGCCUCAGAGGCAGGGAACAUGGAGGACCACCAGGCAGCUGCAGGGAAUAUGCCUGUAGAGGAGAUGGAGGAUGAUGAGGAGGAGGGGGUUGGACUGAGGAGGAAUGGAAAGGCAACCAAGAUAGAUAAAGACUUCUCUGACCUCCUGCCUAGGGGCAAGGAGGAGCUGAGGGAGGCGACGGCCUUGCUGACAGCCCAGCAGACGUCCUUGGAGAUCAUCGUCAACAUGUGCUGCUCUGAUGACCCGUCAGACGAUGAGUGGGAGGAGGCGUCGAGCAGCGACGAGAGUGAGAUGUGUCCUGACGGCCUCUCUGAAGGGAACACCAGCCUCCUGUCCCCACUGUGUCUGUCUGCUGAGGUCCACGCGGCUCUGAUCAACCACAACAUUCCAGAGAAGGUUCUCAAGAAGACCCAGUUCCCCAGCAGCGAGGUGAUGGACGUAUGUCGUCACAAUCCCACCUGGAAAAUCUUGAUAAAAAAGAUGCAUCGGGUGCAGUACAGGGCCCUGACGUGCCUUCACAACAUGCUAUCUACUAUGGACGCUGAGUCCCUAGGGGGAGCAGCCGCUCUUCAGGCUGUCGCACAACACCUGUCCACGCUGGUCUUCAGUGCUCCAGAGAUCCCUAAGGAGGAGGAAUUCCUUGAGGCAGUUACCAGUGCCAUGCGAUCCCUCUUACAGAUCAUAGCCUAUAUGAAAAUCCCACAGUGUAUGACCCCCCAGCAGCUGAUGAGCCUGAGCGAGGCAGCGACCUGCUGUGACGUGGUCAGUGUGAGAGUGAACGCUCUGGCCAUCCUAGGCAUCACAGGAAGCACACUGGCUAAAGAGAAUGGGACAGCUGAAACUCUACAGAUGAUUGGCAAUGCCUUACUCCAAGUUGCAACAAAGGAUGCCAACCUUGUGGUUUGUGGGGAAGCCCUGGAUGGUCUGUUUGAUGUUUUUGCGGAUGGAGACGAGGCAGAGAGAGCAGCUGAAAACAUCAACUUACUGUCUGCUCUGAAGGCACUUCAACCUGUCUUCAAGGCUAAGAUUCGUAAAGAGGGGAAGGGAAAGUACAAGCCUGAGCAGCUGUGUGUGCUGGACAACGUCAAAGUCAACCUAAGAAGGUUUAUUGGCUACUUGGAGACUGUGGUGAAAAAAUGAUAGCAGCCUGACACUACUACACCAUCUGGCUGAGAUGAAAUGACUCAGAAUAUACAGUACAAUAGACCCUCAUUAAAGGGACUGUUCAGUCCAAAAAUCAUUGUUUUGGAGUGAACUAUCCCUUUAACAUCUAUAUAACUGAUUUUCAUGUUGGUUAUCUUUUUUGUUUUAACUGAAAUGCGUAACUAUUGUCCUUGCUAAGUGAGUGUUUACAUAAUUAUGUGUACAAAAAAGAGGUUCACUAUUUUAAAUGAAUGAAUGUUGCAGUA